AACUUAUGUUUAGCGUCCCCGCCCGCUUCCUUUUUGGGGGCCGCAUGGAUUUUAUUUUUAUUUUUACCAAUUCAAAAUGAGAUUUUAAAAAUCGUAAAAUGUCAGCCGAGCCAUCGGAAAAUAAAAUACUUGCAAGUCAGAAAUUCCAAUUUAUACUAUAGAUUGUUAUCGGUCCAGUUGACCCAAUCUCCACUCCAAGUACGUACGAUCCAUUCGGGUAUUUUUUUCCCGCAAUCCUUUGGUAUUACUAGCUGUACUCUAGUAGCACUAACGAGUAAUAAACGUUUGUCUUUUUCACGAGGACCGGAUACGUCAAUUUCUUUUAUCGUCGUUGCUACAUGUAAAGUCGGGGUACAGACUCGUUUGUCAUGACUAUUGCGUAUUUAAUACUAAACUCGGACAAGUCGGUUAGACAGUCGUGUUCUCAGUACGCGCCGCCGUAUACGUACAAGUGCGGAACGCUGUUGAAGCUAGCGGCAACUAAACUCGGUUUGACUUGAUUUGAAGUCUAAUAUUUCAUGAGUUGACAACAACCACAUGGACUCUUGACAGCUAGCUGCAUGUGUCUGUGAUCGGCUGCCUUAGGGUUUUCUGUCUUGUUUUAUAGUUGAAAGUCUCAAGAAAGGAAGAAAAUGGUGUUUGUUUGUAUAUUGAUACGAACAAAAACGAAGGUAUUAAAGCCGUGGUAUGGACGUAGCGUACUGGAUGCAAAGAUUUCGUUCACAGAUGUUUUCGUCUCAUUUGCGAGUGGAGUUUUUGAGGAAGGGGACCCCAUUGGCGACCAGUAUGAAACUACGCAGUGUGGAGAAUGCCUCAAGUGGAGAGUGUGCUAUGCAGCACGAGUUCUAAAACCUGAGCAAAGGCGGCAACUAGAGCGGGAACUGGAAUUGUUGGCCUUCUCUUGUGGCACAUGCUUUCAAGAUGUUUCUACUGAUGGUGAUGAAGAGUCUGUCUUCAAUGUAGUCUACGUCAACGAUAAACUCACCUGUGACUUGCCAAUAGAAGCACCAUACUAUGUUACUUUUGACGACCCUCUGUGCUUUUUUUGUGGAAGUGAACACGAUCUUAUCACUGGGGAUGGGAACUACCCUCUGUGUAAUGAGUGUAGAGAUGCAGGCAAGAAACCUCACAAGAAGAACACUUGGGCCUUUAAUCCUCGACCACAGUAGGUCAUUUUACUGCAUUCCUUCAGCAAGGAAAGAACCAAGUGUUGUAUGAUCUUUUAACACUUAAAGUUUUACUUUUCAAAUCUGGUUCACAAUGUUUGGAAUAUUAAAAAAGAGCACAGAACACAGAUUGGAACCUCAAGUUCAAUUUAGUUCUAUUUUUUAACGUUAAAUUUAUUUUUGCCUGCAUCUCCACAGUUUUAAGAAAUAGAUUACGUUUUAUCCGAAAGCAUACUUGGUGGUAGUAAGCAUCCAGCAAAAUUAUUUUGUCUAGUUCCCCUGUUGAUAAAAAACACUAACAAAUUAUGUAGAAAACUUUGAAUCUCCAAAAUUGCCUGCAGGCGUUUUUGAGAAAUUUCCAUGGUGUCCGUUGGAAUGCUGCCCUCAAUACAGCCAGAGAUGAGGUUGGUACCCAUUGUCAGCUCGUUGAACGUGGAUGCAUUUGAUGGAAAAACCGUGACAGUUUUUUGCAGUUUACUCAAUAAGUAGGCACUGCAUUUUUCAACUCAAACUUUCACUUAUGAGUUUUAUUUGAUGCAUCUUUCUUGAUAAUCUUGCCUUUUAAUUUGCAAUUACGUUGACAAAAAACAAAUAAAACCACUGUAAACGUGUUCAA